AUGCCCGGCCUCGAAAGAGUGACAGUGCACGCCGUAAAAGAAGCCCAGAGGAGAAUUCACUGGCUUGAAAAUGAACUAUCACGAGUCUUGGGUAUGGACUGCAAAACUGUCCCGACCGGUACAUCUCUCGAAGUAGCUCAAGGAAAGGAUGAGGGACUCCUGCACGGCCAUACUCCAGAUACAAGCCAAGACAGCCACAAUCGCUCCCGGACUCAGGACCUGAGCUCUAUUGCCACGAACCCAUCAUCGAAUAGGAAUGAUGAUGACGCUCCCGAGAUGGGCCUUCUUGCCCUCAAUGCAACCGGCGAGUCGAGAUAUCUUGGCCCUUCCAGUGGAGCUGCAUUUGCGACAUCAGCAAUAGCUCUCGUGCAAUCAUGUAGCCGACAGCAACCCGCAGGGAGACAACAACAUUCUGGUAGCAGUGCUGUGAGAGAGUUGUCAAAUAAUGCCACAGAUGAUCGGCAUAUAUCCCCAGACGAGGUUCAGCUGCUACUGCAGUCAUACAAAUUGUGGGUGCACCCUGUUUACGCGUUGUUUGACUUGGAGUCUCUAGACGACUUGAUCAUGAAAUGCAGCGCCGCUCAGUCACACAACGUCGUAGGAUCCCUGGGUCAAGAGAUGAGCAUAUUCUAUGUGAUCAUGGCACUAGGUGCGACGAACCGCCCCAACGCCGUUAAGCAACUACAAACCGACCCGAGGAAACUUAGUCCAUCAGAGAAGGCACCGUCGCCCGCUGAACUCUUUACAAAGGCUUCCCAACACUUUCAGUUCAGUAUGGAACAUCUCCGCCCCAGUGUCAUGUUUAUCAAGGCAUUGCUUCUCAUAUGCAUAUAUUGUUUCUAUCAUCCUGUUGGCUCUAGCCAGUGGCAACUCGCUGGCAUGGCUAUGCGGACAGCUGUAGAAAUAGGGCUGCACUAUGUCCCUAAGCUCAACCAAGUCUCUACGAGAGACAUUGACGAACGGAGUCGCGUCUUCUGGACUGCAUACGCUAUUGAGAUAACCUUGUCAUACAACCUUGGUCGACCUCCCUCGAUUGGUGAGGAGCAUAUAACGUCGAGACUCCCUGCUGAUACCUCUGAAGCAGCAUCUUCUGCCAUCCACCACAUUAAACACAGACAAAUUCAGAGUCGCAUCAUAUCUCAAGUCUACUAUGGCAAAAUGCAUGACGUUACUCCAUCUCAGCGAGAGAAUAUUAUCGCCGAUCUUCAGUCCGAGUUGGACCAGUGGAGAGAUGCCCUGCGGAGUGUGUGUUUGCAAGAUAAGGAUACCGCGUAUCCAUACCAGUACGUUAAAGAUGUUGAAACUGUUCAUGCUACCUUUUGA